AUGUUUUCUGCCAAGCCUUCCAGACCAAAGCCUUCCAGUGAGAGACCAAAGCCUUCCAGUGAGAGACCAAAGCCUUCCAGUGAGAGACCAAAGCCUUCUAGUGAGGGACCAAAGCCUUCCAGACCAACGCCUUCCAGUGAGAGACCAAAGCCUUCCUUUGAGAGUCCAAAGCCAUCCAGUGAGAGACCAAAGCCUUCUAGUGAGAGACCAAAGCCUUCCAGUGAGAGUCCAAAGCCAUCCAGUGAGAGACCAAAGCCUUCCAAUGAGAGACCAAAGCCUUCCAGUGAGAGACCAAAGCCUUCCAGUGAGAGACCAAAGCCUUCUAGUGAGAGACCAAAGCCUUCCAGUGAGAGACCAAAGCCUUCCAGUGAGAGACCAAAGCCUUCUAGUGAGAGACCAAAGCCUUCCAGUGAGAGACCAAAGCCUUCCAGUGAGAGACCAAAGCCUUCCAAUGAGAGACCAAAUCCUUCCAGUGAGAGACCAAAGCCUUCCAGACCAAAGCCUUCCAGUGAGAGACCAAAGCCUUCCAGACCAAAUCCUUCCAGUGAGAGACCAAAGCCUUCCACUGAGAAACCAAAGCCUUCCAGUGAGAGACCAAAGCCUUCCAGUGAGAGACCAACACCUUCCAGGGAGAGACCAAAGCCUUCUAGUGAGAGACCAAAGCCUUCCAGUGAGAGACCAAAGCCUUCCAGUGAGAGACCAACACCUUCCAGUGAGAGACCAAAGCCUUCCAGUGAGAGACCAAAGCCUUCCAGUGAGAGACCAAAGCCUUCCAGACCAAAGCCUUCCAGUGAGAGACCAAAGCCUUCCAGUGAGAGACCAAAGCCUUCUAGUGAGAGACCAAAGCCUUCGACUGAGAGACCAAAGCCUUCCAGACCAAAGCCUUCCACUGAGAGACCAAAGCCUUCCAGAACAAAGCCUUCCUGA